GUAUUUACGGUCUUAUAGGCAAUCUGCAGACAAAGCGUGCAGCGUGUGUUGCAAUUCUGUUGAUUUUUUUGUCGAUUUACAAGUCUUCAUCUUUACAAAUCGUUAAAACAUCUAUACCUACUGUUUAAUACACAGUAAUUGAUUUCAGUUCACUCUAUUUGGUACGUGUCCAACUACACUACUACAGGUAAGAUUAUUCGAUAAAACGUUUAACGAAUUUCGUAACUAGUUAUAAUAAUUUUGUUUAAACAUUUACGACAAGUGAAAAAUAAAAAAUAAUGCUUGUUUACUUGAAUUGAAAUUGUAAUAUUUGUAAUUCCGACUAGACACAAAUAUUCUUUGAAUUUGUUAAGUUAGAAACUGUAUUUCUCCAAAUUGUAUAUUUAUUUAUUCAUAUGGCGUAGACAAUGAAAUGAUGAUGGAUAAUUUAAGUAGUAAUAAGCACGUAACCGUUUAUUAAAUAAUGUAAAAAAAAAACUAGGGUGCUCAGAUAGAGCCCUUCCACAUAGUGCACUCCGAGAGCGUCUUGGAUGGUUAAAGCCCUAUCAACAUUUGACAGUAGAACCUGUGGUAUUUCCAUUUUAGAACCAACAAUGGCCCUCUAACAUCAUCCUAGGUUAAGGUUACUAGAAAACCGAGCUUUUCAGGACUAUCAUACUCAGAAUGUGCCAUCAGCUCCACAUUCUUCAACUGAAUGUUGAGAGAAUAAGCAGUGCAAAAUCACAUUACCUUACUAAAUUUUAUAUUAAGAUAUAAUCAAAAACACAAUGUUUCAAUAAAUAAUUAUAGUCUCUUAAAUCUGCCCAUGAGUUAAAUUGAUUCCCAUUUUUUUUUUUAUUUUUUUAGUAAGAUACUUUCCAAUAUUAAGUGUAGAUAGUGUAAACAAUGGUCAGAUUCUAGAACUGGGUAUGCCUAUGUUGGGAAAAAUUAUGUUUCUAUUCAAUUUUAUAUUGAAUAUGUGUUCAUAAUAUAUUGUACUUGUAGGGUAUAAGAAUUAUUAUUUAUUAUUACAUUUAUUCAGUUUUUAUCAUGGCACCAUUCUUUUCACCUUGCAUACUAGGUCUCCUUUAAUCUUUUUUUUCUAUUUAUUUCAUAAUAUACUACUGUUAGGAUUAAUUUAGAAUUUCUUCUCCAUUUUCCACGAUUGGAUUAAGAGUUUAUUGGUUCCAGAGCCUGAUAGUCCAAAGGCUUACACUAUUUAUCACAAUUACCAAUUUCACCCCCUUUAAAAAAAUAAAAUAAAAUACAAAUGAAACGAUUGUACAGUUGUAAAUAGUUUCCUUAAAAGUGUUUAAUAUAAUGUGUUAGGUGUCUGUUAUGAGUUUAUGACAGUAAAUUUUCAUUUUACUUAUUUUAUACAACAAUAGUAUUUAAAUUUAAACUUAGAAAAUUUAAAUUCUUUAAUUUUUUAGAAUUUGAAUAGGCCUCAAAUGCAAACAAUGCAAAUCUAUUUAUAAAUAUUACUAUGGAAUUAAAUUUAAAAAAAUAGCAUUUUUAAAUUUACAAUAGAUAAACAUUAAACUUAAUAUAAUAUUAUUAUAUUUUUGUUCCAAGAAAAGAGGUCUCCUUUGGUUCCUUCAAUAUUUGAGAACCUGUAUCCCAAACUCUCGCAAUCCCAAUAUGGACCAUAUAAUAUAAUACUUAAUACUUCUUUUCUUUCAAAGAUUUCUAUCCUUAAUUCCUUAAUUUUCCACAGUCGUGUAUGAUAACAAUCCGUAAUGAUUAUACUUGUUAGUAUUUUUAAUUAUUUUAUUUCAAUAACAGGCAUUUUCAUUGAAUUAUAUCAAUUGUAAAAUUGUAAUAAUUUGUGUUUAGUUUUAAAAAUGUGGGGUGCCGACACGAAUGAUGAUGGAGGUGGAUUCAACAUAACAAUGACACAACAAAGUCCCGCUACUGGAUCAGGAAUGGAACCCAAACAAAAUACUGUGAUGUCUGUAGCUAUUUCUGAACUAUUACAAAGUAAUGAAGAAAAUAAAAAUACACAUGUUAUAGUAGUCGGUAUUAUCAAACAGGUAAAAAUAUUGUUAAUUUUGGCAAGUACUUAUCUUUAUAACAAUGACAUCAACAAAAUGAUAAUAUUGUUUUAUAAAUGUGUAUUUACUGAGAUAUAUUAAAUAUUCAUUAUUAUUAUAAUAUUUAAUUAAUUUUUUUUUUAGGUCGAAGCACAAUCAUUGAAGAAUAUGUUCACAAUCGAAGAUAAUACCGGCCGCUUAGUAUGCAUUCAAUGGGGUGACGAAAACGAAUUAUCCAGGUAUCCAAAGCUAAUUGAAAAUGCAUAUUUCAAAGUAGUUGGUAGUAAACGGAUUCAGAAUGAAAAAGUCACUUUGCUCUGUCACAGUGUAAGACCUUUGGACAGCAUCAAUGAAUUAACACAUCACUUGUUGAGCAUUAUUGCAUUACCAUACCAAAUGGAGGAAGUAAACAUGGUAAUUUAAUAUUUUGACUAUUAUAAAUAUACAACAUUAACAAUGAUCAAAUUUUAUUUACAGACAAGUAAUGCAAAAUUGAGUAUUACUAUGACAAACCACAAGGAGUUUCCAGUUAAUAAUGAUAUUGGUGGCGGUUAUAUGGAUUCCACUAAUAGUUUGUCACUUAAUCCAAAGCAGUUAAAGGUUUAUACUGUGAUCAAGCAGUGCCAGGAUGAAGCAGGUUAUUCAGCGUCUGAUAUACAAAAGAUACUUCCAGAAAAAAUGUCUACUACGGAAAUAGAAAAAAUCCUCUCCUUUUUCAUUGAAGAGGGACAUAUUUUUUCAACUAUUGAUGAAAAUCAUUACAAAGUUACUGAUUUUGGAAGUUAAUCAUUAAGUUUUUCGUAUUUAUUAUUGCAUUACAAACAUUGGAAACUAUAGUAUAAAAAAAAAAAAAUUAUAAUUUAAGGUAAAAUAUCACUAUUAAUAAAUAAAAUGAAGUUAAGUAUUGCUAAGGCCAUAUUUAUAUGUAUUUAUAAUAAUAAUGAUAGAAUAAUUAAUAAAUUGUUAACAAUAAUACAUUUCAUAUUAUAUUCUAAAAUAACAAAAAUGAAUUUUUAUUGGAAUGCAUUAAGAUUGAUGAUGCCUUUUACCGUUGUCAAAAUUGGAUAGCUGUGGAUAGUUAACAAACUCUUUUCCAUAAUAAAAUAUCAGUAAAAGUACACAUAUAACCAUUGUACCCCAGAACAGGAGGAAUAGAUAUGUUCCAGUGUUGUAUUCUAAAAAAAAAAAAAAAACUCAAUAUGUAUAAUGAAACUUAAUAAAAUAUAGCACUAACCUGAAGUGAACACUGCGUUAGCCAUGAACAUUGCUAAUGCAAUCAUCAAAAUCAUAGGGUACUAGAAAAAUAAUUAUAAAUAUAACUUAAUAAAUAUUCAGUGAAUUUGGUGUAUGAAAUAUGAGUGUUUUAUAUGAGGUAAUAAAUGGACCAGACGUGCUAGCUAAAUCAAUUAGUAUUCUUUGUAUUUAUUCCAAAUUUUUGGUUCGAAAUCAAUAGAUUGAUAAGAUAUCUGUGUUAUAGUUGACAAAUUACAUGUUGCAUAGAAUUAAAUGUCAAUGGACAUAUUAAUACUGAUUUCUACCAAAGGAAUAUUAUGUUCAUUAAUAGCCAGCUUAUAUAAAACAAAUCAUUUAUCUAACUAAAUGAUUUUUUUUAUGGUUUUAUGAUAAAUAUGAAUAUUUUGUUAUAUUUACAUAAUAUUUUUUAACCACGCACUAUAAAAUAUUAAUGUUUAGCAACCAUACUCAAUG